GCCUCCCCGGGCCGGUAGGCCUGUAGCUCGACUAGUCUCCAAGGACACACGCUGCCGGUCCCUGCUUUCGCUUCUUUGGCUUCGUUCUCUUCCUCCCGCUCCGUCCGGGGCACCUUCGAUUCGAUACCCCGGCCCUCGCCGCAGCCCAGGCCGUGAGGGCCCCAGCAUAACCAGCCAUGAACUUCGAUUCCGGGACCGCAUAUGCCGAGUCCGAUGCGGACGACGAGUACGAGAGAGACAUCCACGGCAGCUCGCCGACAGCCACCGACGUCGAGAACUCGCCCAUCGACUCGGACCCGCCAUCGGCUGAACACACUCCCACCAGCUACGGCUACCGGACCAGCGUCGACAGGCUGCCCGAGACCCUCAUAUCCGAGUGGACCGCCGAGGAGUGCGCCGACUUCAUCGCCAGCAUAGGCGUGCAGCAAUACGCAGACAGGUUCAUAGAAAACGACAUCGUCGGAGAGGCGCUCGUCGCUCUGCAGCAUGAAGACCUCAAGGCCAUGGGCAUCAACAGCGUUGGGCACAGAUUGACCAUCCUCAAAUCCGUGUACGACGUCAAGAAGGCCCAGGAUGUUCCGAUCGAGUCGGACCACUAUAUGCCGCUGACUGCCGAGAUGGAAGCCCAGUCGUCGAACGCGACGAUGAAAGAUAUCAAGCACCUGGUGGAGCAGCUACGACUGCGAGAUGAGCGGAUGGCCCUGUUCGAGCAGGAUCUCCGCAGGUUAACCGAGGACUUCAGGAGGCUGCGGGAAGACAUGCUGCCAGCACUACGGCUGGUCAAGGAUGCCCAGCAGCCGCUGCCCAACGUCAACAACGGCCAAGGGUACGAGAGCACCCUCUCGCCGCCCGCUCCCACACCAUCAACAUCAGGCCAAUCCAGCGCCGGGUUGAAGCGCCAAUACUCGACCAAGAAGAUCAUGCUCCAACCGACGCCGAAGGCGACGUCUCCGACACACCUGCAAACAAGCCACGACCGGUCGAUAGUCGAACAGGCUCUCGACCCAACCAGCGCCGCCGAACGAGCCGUCCUGUCCUCAUCCCACCUGGCCGCCAUGAACGGAACCGGCGGCAGCGCCGCAUCUCCUUCGUACCCCUCCCCAAACAUGCCGUCGCCGACCUCGCCGCCCACGGGCGUCACGAUGUCGGGCACCACGCUCGGCGCCCGCUCCUACCGCGGCGACCAGCCGACGCCGUCGACGCGCUCCACGUUCAACAGCACCUCCGCCGACGACCACUACGGCCAAGCGCCCAAGAGCGGCGCCGCCGCCACCGCCGCAUCCUCCUCGGCCUCGGCUCCCGCCCCGCGGCGCAUGCAGACCCCGGCCCCGGACACGCCGGGGGGAGGCAACGCGUCGGUCGAGAUCUUCAAGUCCUUCCGGGUCAGCAUGGACGACCCGUGCUACAAGGUGCUGCCGGCGGCGCUCAAGAAGUACCAGAUCAACGCGCCGUGGGACCAGUACGCGCUGUACAUCGUCUACGGCGACCAGGAGCGCUGCCUCGGCCUCGACGAGAAGCCCCUCAUCCUGUUCAAGCAGCUCGACAAGGAGGGCAAGAAGCCCAUGUUCAUGCUGCGCAAGACCAACCCGGCCCCCGUCGACGGCGUCGCCGACGCCCCCGGCAGCGCCGGCCUCGGCGGCGCCGCUGCCGCCACUGCGAGGGGCACCGGCACGGGCUAUGACCCGCCGGGAGGCAUCAUCUAGAUUGUGCUUUCCUUGCGGCGGGGAGGGGUGUGUUGUGGUCAGGUAGGAAUGUGUAGGGGCAGGAUGGUGGGGACGCACAUG